UCAAGAGCCAACCCAAAGCUGCAGUACUUAUGAUUCACAUUUGAACUGAUUGAAGAAGUGCCUAUGACCAACAGAUCCAAGACCACAAACAUCAGUCAUGGGGUGUGCUGAGCUGGAUGAAUUGGAGAAAAAGGUGAAUGAGUUGUUCACUUUUCGAGAUCAGUACUUUGAAACACACUCAAUUGAAGAGGCUGGCAAGAAGCAAGAGGAUGUACAGAGCAAACUGGAUGAGAUAAUCAAAUUUGCUGAUGAAAUCAAGGAGACGGCGGAGAAGGCCGACCGGGUGCGGUACCUGUACCUGCUCGGGCGCGCCCGUAACGUGCAGCCGGACCACUCGAGCCAGGCAGAGGAGCUGCUCAGCCGCGCCACAAAGCUCGACCACCGGCACACCGCCGCCUGGAACGAGCUGGGGGCGUGCCUCUGGAAACGCGAGGAUGCUGUCGCCGCUGGAAACUGCUUCACACGCGCCCUGGAAUCGGGCAAGAACCCGGUCUCGCUGCGCCAGCUGUCGAUGGUGCAGAGACAGACGGCGCCGCGGGACCCUCUCCAGCGCAGCAAGCAGGUGGAGGAGAGCCUGCUGAAGGCCAAGGAGGCCGUGGAGCUGGACCUGCAGGACGGCGUCUCGUGGCAGAUCCUCGGCAACGCCUACCUCUCCGCCUUCUUUGCCAUCAAACCGGACCCGAAACUGCUCAAACAGUGCCUGGUCGCCUACCAGCGCGCCGAGAGAGAUCCCGCGGCCCGGUCCAGCCCGGAGCUUCACUACAAUCGAGCUGUGUGUCUGAAGUACGAGGAGCAGUACCAGGCGGCGCUGGAGUCGUUCGACAUGGCUGCGCGCCUGUUCCCCACCUGGUCACCACCGGCUGAACGAGAGAAGGCUCUGCUCCAGCACCUGAGCAGGGUGGCUGAGAUGGUAGCAGCGCGCGGCAAGCAGAAACACAAACGGCUCCUGGCGUUUACUCAGGAGCUGACAAAGCCCCGUCUGGGUAUGUACGCCGAAGAGUGCACGGUCGGUGGCAGGAAAGUGAAGCUGAAGCCGGGUUUGCUCUCGGGGCUGAGUCCCGGCACCAACACGGGUCGGCUGCUGGCAGGGAAGGUGGUCUGCAGCGUGCCCGCCGAGGACAACGUGCCUUUCACAUUCUGUCUGGUGGACUCUGAAGGCAGCUGCGUGGCCGUCAACGUGUACAACCUGGCCGAGGGCAAGGGGGUCAUCAUCGGAGACACAGUGGUCAUCCCUGAGCCCCUGCUGGUCACUGUGGACGUCCGACAUAAGAACCAGAUGGUGAACUUCCGUCUGAUUCGCGUUCAAACGCCUCUUCUUUUGGCGGUGAACGGCCGGCGUCCGAACCCGGACGUCCAGGCUGCUGUCUUCCUCAACACUUUCAACAUGUCCGACUGAGCGGCUCGUCAUGCUCCCCUGGUGGGUCCAAGCCUGAGCGAAAUGGAAAGAGACGGCCUGAGAACGUCGGAGUGAGGUCAGGUGAGGAACUUUGGCAGCUGUGGCCCUGUGAGGCUGUGUGUACAUUGAUGAAUGAUGAAGACACUGGACGAUGGCGGGCGAUGGUUGGACGAGCGUGCCUUGUGCGAGCGUGUCUGGUGCGUAGUGUUAGCAGUGGGACCACAGGAACGGCAUUUUAGCGCCGAAGAAACGACAGCCGCUGUGCAUGACUAGAAGGUACUCAAAGGUUGAGUGGCAGUUUCCCAGACUUGUAAGGUCGUAUUUAACAUUACUCAUGCGUGUAAUUAGAAGAAGACUAAGCGUACGAAAUCAA